CCUCGUAACGACCGCACAGCAUCUAGUUAUGCCGUACCUUCGUUGAGAUCGGUUUGACAAAAUUCUUCUUUUUUAUUUUAUUUUGUACUCCAACGAACGAUGAAUUACCGAAGUGAAAAGACACUGACUUCGAUUUGUUAAUGAGUUAAUAUCGAGUGAUUGUUUUGUUGCUGCAUUGAUGAAUUCUGAUAAUUUCGGCAAGGCAACCGAGACAAGCAGCUAAUCAUAAUUUUUUACAAUAAUGGACAAAGGACAGCAGAACCCGGCUUUCGUGAGCGACGACGGCAUUGAACUUGGACGAGUGGGAAACGGUCACGUUCAGUCUACCUAUACGAAUGGAAUUGAUCAAAAUGUCAAAACUACUCCAAUCGCCUCGCAGGAAGAGAAGCCAACGACGACGAACGAGCGCCAGACCUGGGGCAGCAGCAUCGAGUUCCUCAUGUCGUGCAUCGCCAUGUCCGUGGGCCUCGGCAACAUCUGGCGCUUCCCCUUCACGGCCUACGAGAACGGCGGCGGCGCCUUCCUCGUGCCCUACGUCAUCGUCCUCUUUCUCAUCGGCAAGCCCAUCUACUAUCUCGAGAUGAUCGUCGGCCAGUUCACGAAUCGCUCCUCGGUCAAGCUCUGGUCGGUGGCGCCCGGACUGCGCGGGGUCGGCUGGGCGCAGAUGUUCUCGAUGGUCGCCGUGGGCACGUACUACUGCUCGCUCAUGGCGCUCACCGUCUACUAUCUCGUGUCGAGCUUUCAGGCUCAGCUGCCGUGGGCCGAGUGCGACGAGGCCUGGCCGGACUGCGUCGACUCGAAGAAGUCGGAGGACGGCGAGCCGAUCGCGGCGCAUCGGAACAUCACGGGCUUGAAGAGCUCGGCCGAGCUCUACUUCAAGCGCACGGUGCUGAUGGAGGUCGACAGCAUCGCGGAUGGCCUCGGACCGGCCAACUGGCGACUGGUGCUCUGUCUGCUCUUCGCCUGGCUCUGCAUACUCGGCGUGCUGGCCAAGGGCGUGCACACCUCGGGCAAGGCGGCCUACUUCCUCGCCCUCUUUCCCUACGUCGUGAUGCUGGCGCUGCUGGUGCGCGCCGUCACGCUGGAGGGCGCCUGGGACGGCAUUCUCUUCUUCAUCAAGCCCGACUGGGCGAAGCUGUUCGAGGCCGACGUCUGGUACGCCGCCGUCACCCAGUGCUUCUUCUCGCUCUCGGUCUGCUUCGGCGGCCUCAUCACUUACGCGUCCUACAACGACUUUCGACACAAUAUAUACAGGGACGUGAUGAUAGUGACGACUUUGGAUACUCUGACGAGUUUACUGGCGGGUUUCACGAUCUUCGGUAUACUCGGUAAUUUGGCCCACGAGAUGGGCACAACCGAGGUCGGCAACAUAGUGCAGGGUGGCUCCGGACUGGCUUUCAUCUCCUAUCCCGAUGCCAUCGCCAAGUUCAGCAUUUUGCCGCAAUUUUUCUCGGUAAUCUUCUUCCUGAUGCUCUACGUGUUGGGCAUCGGCAGCGGAAUCGCCAUAACGGGAGGUAUAAUCAGUAUUAUAAACGACGAGUUUCCGCACUGGAAGCAUUGGUACAUCGUGUUGGCCACGACGAGCAUAGGCUUCGGGGUCGGUUGCGUUUACUGCACACAGGGCGGACAGUUCGUUUUGGGCCUGGUGGACUAUUACGCGGCGUCGUUCGUCGUCUUCAUCCUGGCCAGCCUCGAGGUGACGGGCAUCUUCUGGCUCUACGGCUUGGAGUCGUUCCUCGACGACACCGAGUUCAUGCUCAAGCAGAGACCGAGCGUCUACUGGCGUCUGUGCUGGGCCGUCGUCACCCCCUUCAUGCUGAUAACUAUUUUCAUUUACACGGUCGCCAAUCUCACUCCCCUGACUUACGAGAACAAAGAGUAUCCUCCCAGUGCACAUGCUGCUGGAUGGACGCUUCUUGCCUUCGGAGUUCUGCAGAUACCCUUUUGGUUCGUCUACGCUCUCGUAUCAAAAAGACAAUACGGACUCGCACAAAUGUUCGCCAAGGUUCUGAGGCCAAGCAGCGACUGGGGCCCGCUGCGCCAAGCCGAUCGUCAAGACUGGAUGGACUUCAAGGAGAAGAAGGAUUUAAUACGCGCCAAGCGCACCUCCUCGAGGUUCAAGCAGUUCGUUUACGUGCUGUUCGCUUGCGAGGACAAGCUUGACUGAAGUGUAUACAUUAUUCAAUUGUGCGUGUUGAAAAUCGAUGAACUCUGCGGCGCUGGCACGCCACUAUACGCGACUUUUCCCAAGUACUUAUAUUAAUUAUGUGACUCACGUGCAAAAGAAUUUGAAAGAAAAUCAACGAGUUUUCGCCGGAUUUUUGAAUAAUUAUCUUUUUUUUCAAGUAUUAUAAACCCGUGUCAGAAAUCAAUCAUCUUAAUAUGUUGUGAUAAGAUAAAAAUAAUAUAAGUCAAAUCGUCAUCCAAUCGUAUUCAAACAUUUUUGUAGUACAAAAAAAAAGAAAAAAUUUUUGUUAAAUUGCAAAAUGUCAUUUAUACAAUAAGUUUUUACGAAACGUAAGAUGAAACCCUUCAUCUAAACUUUUUGCAUAAAAUAAAUCUUGUGAUCACCAAACACUUUCUCAACGUUAUUUUAUCAUUAAAUUAAUUGUAAUGAAAUUGUCAAUUAUGAAAAUUGAAAGUGAGACAACAUUACGAGGCAGAAACGAGACACACGAUUAUUUAUACCACUAUUUGUUCGCAUUAGAUAAGUGUAAAC